AUGGAGAAGAGCCUGGUGGUCAUCCUUCUGCUCGCAGGACUCUGUGAAGACGCUUCCUGCCAGACCAGAAAAUACUUUGCAGUGCAAACUAGCAAGAACUGGACUGAAGCUCAUAGCUACUGUAGAGAGAAGCACACAGACCUGGUGACUGUGCGCAGCCUGGAAGAACAGCAGCAGAUUCAGAAUGUUGCAAAAAAUCCAGAUUUUUGGAUCGGGCUGUAUCGGGACAGUGAUAACUGGCAGUGGUCCAAUGGAGAUGCGGUCAGCUACACUAACUGGACAGCUGGCACUGGCGGACUCUUCUGCGCUACAGCUGAUGCAGGAGGCAGCUGGGGCCAGUCAGUCUGUCGUGAUCAGAAACCUUUCAUGUGCUACAACGAAACCAGCAACAUCACUGAGAGAUACACCCUGAUAAGCACACUGAAAACCUGGCCUGACGCUCAUCAGUACUGUAGACAACACCACACUGACCUGGUCAGUAUAAAGAACGCCAGUGAAAAUGAAGACCUAAAGAAGAAAGCUCCGGCCAGUCCCUUCUGGAUCGGCCUGUUCAAUAACCCGUGGAAGUGGACUGAUGGGGGGAACUCAACAUUUCAAAAUUGGGAUAUUAAGGAACCAAAUGGUGCCAGUGAGAAAUGUGUUUUAAUGUCUUCCAUUUACCAAAGUAAAUGGGAGGAUUGGCCUUGCAGCCAUGAGGCCUACUUCUUUUGCUAUGAAGAAUCAAAUCCCACAACCAAAGCAUCGGAAACUACUGCGAAACAAUCAACUGAAACCACAGAACGACCAACUGAAACUACAGAACGAUCAACUGAAACCACAGAACGACCAACUGAAACUACAGAACGAUCAACUGAAACCACAGAACGAUCAACUGAAACCACAGAACGACCAACUGAAACCACAGAACGACCAACUGAAACCACAGAACGACCAACUGAAACCACAGAACGACCAACUGAAACCACAGAACGACCAACUGAAACCACAGAACGACCAACUGAAACCACAGAACGACCAACUGAAACCACAGAACGAUCAACUGAAACCACAGAACGACCAGCUGAAACCACAGAACGAUCCACUGAAACCACAGAACGAUCCACUGAAACCACAGAACGAUCCACUGGAACCACAGAACGACCAACUGAAACCACAGAACGACCAACUGAAACUACAGAACGAUCCACUGAAACCACAGAACGACCAACUGAAACCACAGAACGACCAACUGAAACCACAGAACGAUCAACUGAAACCCAGACUUCUCCAGGACAAGAAAAACGCAGGCAGGUGAUAAGGAUUGAGAUAAAGGCACCAGAAGGAAUGGACCCUGAAGAACCAAAGAUCAGAGAUGCCAUUUUAGCUCAGCUUCAAGAGCACUUCUUCAAGAACACCCCGAUGGAAGGCACGACGCUGCGCUGGAUAAAGAAAGACGGGAAGAUUUUCCACAAGCAGGAAGAGGAAGAGGAGGAGAAGGAGACGGAGACGUGCUCCAAACCCUGAGAUAGCACAGCCUGGCCAGCACCCGAAAUUCACUGACCUGCUUUUAGAUUAUUAACCUUGCUUUUAAAGGGAUAUUUUACAUCUGCAUUGUCUGAGUGAUUCAUUUCUUAUAGCUGUUUAAUAUGACUUUAGUGUUCUCUACCGUUCUGUAUUUCAA